CUAGCUGCACUGCUGUUUGCUACAAGCGGUUACUGCACCCGGAUGUAUUUUCGAGAUAUCGUUUGGAGACCGCGUCUAUCCUUCACUUCCCAAUGAAAUCUGAUCUCUUUGGUUUUUCUGAAGAUUUUCUCAGAGGAAAAUAACAUUAAGGUAGGUAUUCAACUAACGUAAACUAGCUACAGUAGCCAUCUGCCAAAUCUGAUCUGAGGCAGUGGACGUUCCACAUUUUCACGGGCCUGUGUUCAUGCUAUCUAGCCUGCUAGCUAAUAAUGUUAUAUACUAGCUAGCUACAUAACGAAUGGCAUGGCUUCUUUAAUCUAAAUGUUUUUAUGGUUUGUAUUUUUAAACUACUUUUACGUUUGUCAUUUGGAUGGUGUGUGCACCCGGAUUUGUGGAUGUGUUUUAAUAGUCUAGACGUAGCUACACGGCUAGCUAGCUACUUUCCUUCUCCCCCAUCCCCAGCUAGCUAGAAUAUAUCAGUUGGUGUAUAGCUAGUAUAGUAUGUCCAAGCUAGCUAGCUAGCUAGCUAUGUCACGAACAAAGACAACUUGCUUUAUCCAAUGUGGAAUUUCUAUAGCUUCAAGUAUACAGUAACUUUAGCUAGUUAUUAACGUUUCUUAUUGAAAGACAGUCACCGUUUUGUUGGAGAUUGAAGUAAUUGAAAACGUUUGUUUAAAUAAUUUGUUGGUUUACUAGCUAUCUAACGUUAGCUGCCACAGUAUUUUAAUUUUGAUUUCUGAAUAUUCAUUUUGUCUCCAUCCAGGACAGAUGCUUUCAUGGGACUACAGAUGCCGAUGCCUUUGAUGGGAUUGUAUUGCAUGAAGCAUAAUGAGGGUGUAUUGAAAAACAGGACAGAACCUUAACAAUUGGAGGUGCUGAAUCUGCAUACUUUUUGGGGGAAGAAGAUCUGCAUAAGAUGGAGAUGGGGGAAACAUGCAUUUUUAGAAAGAAUAUAGUAGAUUAUGUUUUUUAACCUCAGGCCAAAUCUUAUUUUUCUGGAAUUGUGUAUUGGGGAUACAGAUAUCAUAUAUCAAUAUGAGUUCAGAAGGAUACCAGUACAGAGCACUGUAUGACUAUAAAAAGGAGAGGGAGGAGGACAUUGAUUUGCAUGUAGACGAUAUAUUGGUGGUGAGCAAAGGUGCUCUGCUGGCCCUAGGCUGCCCUAAUGGGGCUGAAGAAAAACCAGAUGAGAUUGGGUGGCUGCCAGGAUUCAAUGAGACAACUCAUGAAAAAGGUGACUUCCCUGGGACUUACGUUGAAUUUGUUGGAAGAAAAAGAAUUUCACCACCAACACCAAAACCAAGGCCACCUAGACCUCUUCCUUCCACAUCAGAUCUAACCAGGACAGAUUUGGAAUCAGACGGUGAGUAGCUUGAGAUGGACAUCAGGUUACAUUGCUGAUGAUAUUUUGUAUCUUGUAAUGCCUACCAAUUGAUUUUUAAGGACUGUCACCAAUGUUUAUGGCACUGUUGAUUAUAAAUGUUAUUGUGCAUAGACAUUUCAGGCUGUAGUUUUAGUGUUUCAGCUCUUCCUUGGCACGCUGUUUCAUCAGUAAGAGUUGGUUACAACCAGCAUUAAGCACUGAGCUGCAGAUCACGCAAGCCAAGGAAGGAAGAGCAGCUGUGCUGAAUACGGAUCUGUGAAAACGCUGAUGUGGUGGUUAGAGUGCAUCAUAAGCUUUUACAAAGGAAGCUUAAGAGGCAAAACAGGAAAUGCUUGUGUGUAACUGUGAUCUGAUACUAAUCAUUUACUGUACGGCAGGCCUAUACCUACAACAGUGCCGUGACUCCGCAAGGACAAAUGAAUAUCUGUGCAUGCUUGUUAGUAGUGCGAUGCAACCAUUGCAGUGUGUGAUAUUGAGGUAAAUACUGUUCAUUUUCAUUGAAUGCCUAUAAGGUGAGCAAGGUGGGUGUUUGUUAGCAGGUAACAAUCAACUGUCCGCUAGCAGUUUAGAAUGUUUCAGUUACGUCAUCUUUCUGUUGUGCAGGCUUCAUGUUGCCAGAUCUGCCAGAACAGUUUGCUCCUCCAGAGGCUGCAUCACCCAUCCUGGUCAAGCUUCUGGAGGCAAUAGAACGCAAAGGUAAGAAGAGACCGUGGCCUGGUGCAUGGGAGUAGUUAACGAUGAUGAAUGUGUUACUAUUACAUUGAACUGGUUAAUCAAAUCCGCCCUCUGAUCCUAUUUUCUGUCCUGCAGGUUUGGAAUGUCCAACCCUUUAUAGAACUUUCACAGCAGCUUGUGUGCUGGAUAUGAGACAGUUCACUGACAGUGGUGAGUGGCAGAUUGUGCCUACUUCUCCCAUUUUUAAUAGCUUUUGAGGAAUAGGAUUUUUUCUUAACCAAGUGAUUGUUGUCACUGUCAUUUUUGUUGCAUUCAUCUCUACCAUCUACUAUGUUUAUUGAUGCAUUUACAGAUUUGGAGCCUUUGGACCUACAGUUGCUAUGUGAUGGCCUUUGGAGAUACCUGCAGGAUUUGCCUAAUCCAGUUGUUCCCACCUCUCUCCAAAGUGAGAUGAUUCAUGCAGCACAAGGUAAGACCUAAUAGCUAUGAAACUAAUAGAUGAAUGCCUCAAACCAAACUUAUCCUCAAGUAGUGGCCCACGGACCAAAUCCGGCCCGCAUGCCGAUUUGAUGUGGCCCACCAUCCAAAUAAAGUGAAAAUAUGUUGUGGUAUGUUUUCCAGGGCAAUGUUGUGCAGUACAUUUUAAUAGUGGUUGUCAUAUUGAUUUAAUCUUUACCUUGUGUGACUGUUUCCUCUUUUCAUGCUCACAGAGGUAAAGGAUCCAGAGGACUGUGCCCAGUUGUUGCGCAGGAUAGCCAGCUCACCUACCCAUCCACCCCAAUACUGCCUCACGCUCUACUGCCUCAUCAAACACUUCUGCCGGAUUUCGCAGAACACCAGCAAAAACCAACUCUGUGUCAGAGACUUGGCUGAAAUCUUCAGCCCUGUGCUUUUCAGGCUUCAACCAGCAAGGUCAGUAUACAAUUACAAUUGAAAUACUUUAUUUAUCCCACAAGGGGCAAUUAUGCUGACAGGAGUGCUUUUAUGUAUGAGGACAACAUGUCAUAGACACAGUAACACUCACAGUAACUGUAGAAUGUGAACAGAUUAUUUUUUGUGUUUGUUUAAAUACACAUACUAAUUUUAUUUUAUUUAACCAUUAUUUUAUCAGGGAGUCAUACUGAGACCAAGGUCUCUUUUUUACAGAUGAGCCUUGAAUUACAUAAAUUACAGAAAAUAACACAUCAAAAUAUAAAUACAAAAUGCAAGCAGAAAAAAUGAAAACCACGGUCAUAAACCACAAACUCAUUCAUCAGUAAUAAGGUCCUCAAUCAUCUUUCUGAAUUGCCCUAGAGGCACGAGAACAUCACAUUUUAAGAAAAUUUUGAAGAUUGUUCCACAAAUAAGGUGCAAUAAAACUAAAAUCUGAUUUACCUAACUCUGUAGAGACAAAAGCAAUUUCCAGAGUUAACUGAGACCGUGUGUGGUAACUUGUAUGUCUGAAGUUUAGUAAUGAUGUUAGGUACAGUGGGACUUUUUGUAAAAGGGCUUUAUAAAUGAAAACAAAGCAAUGUAUCAACCUAUGUGACAUCAGAGGGCCAAUCAACUUUCUGGUAGAGAAUGCAGUGAUGAGUACUAAAAUUGUCGCCCGUAAUAAAGUGCAGUGUGCUAUGAUAAACUGCAUCUAACGGCUUUAAUGAAGUGGCAGCUGCGCUCAUAUAGAUGAUGUCGCCAUAGUCUAGGACCGAAAGGAACGUCGAUUUAAUAAUCUGCGUUCUACAAUUUAGCGAGAGGCAGGACCUAUUUCUAUAGAAGAAGCCCAUUUUUAUUCUCAGCUUCUCAACUAACUCAUCAAUAUACUUUUUAAGACAGAUUUUCAUCUAUCCAGAUGCCCAGAUAUUUGUAAACAGGGACACAAUCAUUAUGGACACCAUCUAAAGUACAUAUGCUUAAAUCAUCAGACUUAUUUUUAUGUGCUCUAGAAAACAACAUACACUUAGUUUUACCUGCUUUCAGUUCUAAUUUCAGGUCAAAGUUUUUUCUGUAAUACAAAGAAGGAAGACUGUAGUUCAGAUAGCGCCUGGUCAACCGUGGGGGCAAUGGCAUACACAUUAGUAUCAUCGGCAUACAAGUGCAGGUUACAAUUUCUUACAGACAAGUCGAUAUUGUUAAUGUAAACAGUAAAAACUACAGGAUCCAGAAUCUGCGGGACAUCUUUGGUAAUAUCCAGGAAACCGGAUUUAACACAAUCAGUAGAUUCUAUCUGUCAAGUAAUUUUUAAACCAGUUACAUGCAGCCUGGUCUAGACGAAUGAGGAAAGCCUCUGAAUUAGCAGUGAGUGAUCAACAGUAUCGAAAUCCUUUGACAGGUAAAUGAACUAGGGAUGCAGCAGAUAAUAAAUGUAACCAUUUCCUGUCUCUCAGCUGUGAGGCCAGCCUGGAUUCCCUUAUCAAGAUUCUAGAGAUCUUGGUCAACAGUGAAUUGAGUGAAACCCAGGCUGCUCCAGGUAAUACAAGUCAUAUUUUUUAAUGUUUCAUAUUUGGAAUUGAAUGUUAUUUUCGUGUCUGCUGAACUAAUUCCUGACUAUAGAUCUAGAACAUAAGAGACACCUCUUGCAUAUGCCAUAGCUGGUUACUUUUUCAUUUAGUUAUUACUAAAUAGUAUCAGUAUACGUUCUAGUGCUGGAUUAAACUAUCAAAUACACAAACUGUUUUCUGAGAUGCUCAUGCGUAUUUAGUAUAAUAUAUGUAAAAAAAAAAUAAUGUGUGAGAAUUUAAGGAGACUGAUCGUACCGUGUGUGUGUGAGAGAACGAGAGCGGGAGACCAUACAGUAUUGUAGCUAUUUGGUAUAGAUGUAGUCUACUAAGGCUCACUAAUGUACACUGCUCAAAAAAAUAAAGGGAACACUAAAAUAACACAUCCUAGAUCUGAAUGAAUGAAAUAAUCUUAUUAAAUACUUUUUUCUUUACAUAGUUGAAUGUGCUGACAACAAAAUCACACAAAAAUUAUCAAUGGAAAUCAAAUAUAUCAACCCAUGGAGGUCUGGAUUUGGAGUCACCCUCAAAAUUAAAGUGGAAAAACACACUACAGGCUGAUCCAACUUUGAUGUAAUGUCCUUAAAACAAGUCAAAAUGAGGCUCAGUAGUGUGUGUGGCCUCCACGUGCCUGUAUGACCUCCCUACAACGCCUGGGCAUGCUCCUGAUGAGGUGGCGGAUGGUCUCCUGAGGGAUCUCCUCCCAGACCUGGACUAAAGCAUCCGCCAACUCCUGGACAGUCUGUGGUGCAACGUGGCGUUGGUGGAUGGAGCGAGACAUGAUGUCCCAGAUGUGCUCAAUUGGAUUCAGGUCUGGGGAUCGGGCGGGCCAGUCCAUAGCAUCAAUGCCUUCCUCUUGCAGGAACUGCUGACACACUCCAGCCACAUGAGGUCUAGCAUUGUCUUGCAUUAGGAGGAACCCAGGGCCAACCGCACCAGCAUAUGGUCUCACAAGGGGUCUGAGGAUCUCAUCUCGGUACCUAAUGGCAGUCAGGCUACCUCUGGCGAGCACAUGGAGGGCUGUGCGGCCCCCCAAAGAAAUACCACCCCACACCAUGACUGACCCACCGCCAAACCGGUCAUGCUGGAGGAUGUUGCAGGCAGCAGAACGUUCUCCACAGCGUUUCCAAUCUCUGUCACGUCUGUCACAUGUGCUCAGUGUGAACCUGCUUUCAUCUGUGAAGAGCACAGGGCGCCAGUGGCGAAUUUGCCAAUCUUGGUGUUCUCUGGCAAAUGCCAAACGUCCUGCACGGUGUUGGGCUGUAAGCACAACCCCCACCUGUGGAUGUCGGGCCCUCAUACCACCCUCAUGGAGUCUGUUUCUGACCGUUUGAGCAGACACAUGCACAUUUGUGGCCUGCUGGAGGUCAUUUUGCAGGGCUCUGGCAGUGCUCCUCCUGCUCCUCCUUGCACAAAGGCGGCGGUAGCAGUCCUGCUGCUGGGUUGUUGCCCUCCUAUGGCCUCCUCCACAUCUCCUGAUGUACUGGCCUGUCUCCUGGUAGCGCCUCCAUGCUCUGGACACUACGCUGACAGACACAGAAAACCUUCUUGCCACAGCUCACAUUGAUGUGCCAUCCUGGAUGAGCUGCACUACCUGAGCCACUUGUGUGGGUUGUAGACUCCGUCUCAUGCUACCACUAGAGUGAAAGCACCGCCAGCAUUCAAAAGUGACCAAAACAUCAGCCAGGAAGCAUAGGAACUGAGAAGUAGUCUGUGGUCACCACCUGCAAAACCAGUCCUUUAUUGGGGGUGUCUUGCUAAUUGCCUAUAAUUUCCACCUGUUGUCUAUUCCAUUUGUCAAUCAGUGUUGCUUCCUAAGUGGACAGUUUGAUUUCACAGAAGUGUGAUUGACUUGGAGUUACAUUGUGUUGUUUAAGUGUUCCCUUUAUUUUUUUGAGCAGUGUAUUUUAGUCUGGCACCCCAGGCUACAAGAGCAUGGCUCACUGAUGAUAGUGACUGAUGACUGAUUAUCGUUUUAUAGAAGCAUCUUGGUACUGAGAAGGAUUCAGUUACCGGAGUUCACUUUGUAAAUGGGAGUGAGCCAACAACUGAAAGGUUGCUGGUAUCAUAAUCUCUGAUGCAAUCUAGUGCCUUUGUGCCCUUGAGUUAGGCCCUUAACCUGCUCCAGUGGAGCUGCUCUGUAGCUGACCCUGUGCUACUUCCAGCCUCUCAGGUGUGCAUUUAAUGUCUGGGGGGUUGGGGAUUUGGAAGAACAGACAGCAAAAGACACAUUUAUGUUUCGAUGCACAUUUUAAGUUGUUGGACUGGUAUUCUCGAGGAGUAUAACUAAGCAGAGGUGGGACCAAGGCACUAUUAUUCAAGUCACAAGGUCCGAGUCUCAAGUCGAGUCCCAAGUAGAACGGGUCAAGUCAAUAAAAAAUACAUACAGUGGGGAAAAAAAGUAUUUAGUCAGCCACCAAUUGUGCAAGUUCUCCCACUUAAAAAGAUGAGAGAGGCCUGUAAUUUUCAUCAUAGGUACACGUCAACUAUGACAGACAAAAUGAGAAAAAAUAAUCCAGAAAAUCACAUUGUAGGAUUUUUAAUGAAUUUAUUGGCAUAUGAUGGUGGAAAAUAAGUAUUUGGUCAAUAACAAAAGUUUCUCAAUACUUUGUUAUAUACCCUUUGUUGGCAAUGACACAGGUCAAACGUUUUCUGUAAGUCUUCACAAGGUUUUCACACACUGUUGCUGGUAUUUUGGCCCAUUCCUCCUUGCAGAUCUCCUCUAGAGCAGUGAUGUUUUGGGGCUGUCGCUGGGCAACACAGACUUUCAACUCCCUCCAAAGAUUUUCUAUGGGGUUGAGAUCUGGAGACUGGCUAGGCCACUCCAGGACCUUGAAAUGCUUCUUACGAAGCCACUCCUUCGUUGCCCGGGCGGUGUGUUUGGGAUCAUUGUCAUGCUGAAAGACCCAGCCACGUUUCAUCUUCAAUGCCCUUGCUGAUGGAAGGAGGGUUUCACUCAAAAUCUCACGAUACAUGGCCCCAUUCAUUCUUUCCUUUACACGGAUCAGUCGUCCUGGUCCCUUUGCAGAAAAACAGCCCCAAAGCAUGAUGUUUCCAACCCCAUGCUUCACAGUAGGUAUGGUGUUCUUUGGAUGCAACUCAGCAUUCUUUGUCCUCCAAACAUGACGAGUUGAGUUUUUACCAAAAAGAUAUAUUUUGGUUUCAUCUGACCAUAUGACAUUCUCCCAAUCCUCUUCUGGAUCAUCCAAAUGCACUUCAGACGGGCCUGGACAUGUACUGGCUUAAGCAGGGGGACACGUCUCGCACUGCAGGAUUUGAGUCCCUGGCGGCGUAGUGUGUUACUGAUGGUAGGCUUUGUUACUUUGGUCCCAGCUCUCUACAGGUCAUUCACUAGGUCCCCCCGUGUGGUUCUGGGAUUUUUGCUCACCGUUCUUGUGAUCAUUUUGACCCCACGGGGUGAGAUCUUGCGUGGAGCCCCAGAUCGAGGGAGAUUAUCAGUGGUCUUGUAUGUCUUCCAUUUCCUAAUAAUUGCUCCCACAGUUGAUUUCUUCAAACCAAGCUGCUUACCUAUUGCAGAUUCAGUCUUCCCAGCCAGGUGCAGGUCUACAAUUUUGUUUUUGGUGUCCUUUGACAGCUCUUUGGUCUUGGCCAUUGUGGAGUUUGGAGUGUGACUGUUUGAGGUUGUGGACAGGUGUCUUUUAUACUGAUAACAAGUUCAAACAGGUGCCAUUAAUACAGGUAACGAGUGGAGGACAGAGGAGCCUCUUAAAGAAGAAGUUACAGGUCUGUGAGAGCCAGAAAUCUUGCUUGUUUGUAGGUGACCAAAUACUUAUUUUCCACCAUAAUUUGCAAAUAAAUUCAUUAAAAAUCCUACAAUGGGAUUUUCUGGAUUUUUUUUCCUCAAUUUGUCUGUCAUAGUUGACGUGUACCUAUGAUGAAAAUUACAGGCCUCUCUCAUCUUUUUAAGUGGGAGAACUUGCACAAUUGGUGGCUGACUAAAUACUUUUUUUCCCCACUGUAUAUAUAUAUAUAUAUAUAUAUGCAUGCAUACAGUACCAGUCAAAAGUUUGGACACACCUACUCAUUCAAGGGUUUUUCUUUAUUUUUACUAUUUUCUACAUUGUAGAAUAAUAGUGAAGACAUCAAAACUAUGAAAUGAAAAACACAUAUGGAAUCAUGUAGUAACCAAAAAAGUGUUAAAUCCAAAUAUAUUUGAGAUUCUUCAAUGUAGCCACCCUUUGCCUUGAUGACAGCUUUGCACACUCUUUGCAUUCUCUCAACCAACUUCAUGAGGUAGUCACCUGGAAUGCAUUUCAAUUAACAGGUGUGCCUUGUUAAUUUGUGGAAUUUCUUAAUGCGUUUGAGCCAAUCAGUUGUGUUGUGACAAGGUAGGGGUGGUAUACAGAAGAUAGCCCUAUUUGGUAAAAGACCAAGUCCAUAUUAUGGCAAGAACAGCUCAAAAAAACAAAGAGAAACGACAGUCCAUCAUUACUUUGACAUGAAGGUCAGUCAAGCCGUGCUCAAUAUAUGUGGGAACUCCUUCAAGACAGUUGGAAAAGCAUUUUUAGGUGACUUCCUCAUGAAGCUGGUUGAGAGAAUGCCAAGAUCAGGCCUUUAUGGUAGAGUGACCAGACGAAAACCACUCCUCAGUAAAAGGCACAUGACAGCCCGCUUGGAGUUUGCCAAAAGGCACCUAAAGGACUCAGACCAUGAGAAACAAGAUUCUCUGGUCUGAUGAAACCAAGAUUGAAUUCUUUGGGCUGAAUGCCAAGUGUCACAUCUGGUGGAAACCUGGCACCAUCCCUACGAUGAAGCAUGGUGGUGGCAGCAUCAUUCUGUUGGGAUGUUUUUCAGCGGCAAGGACUGGGAGACCAGUCUGGGUCGAGGUAAAGAUGAACAGAGCAAAUUACAGAGAGAUCCUUGAUGAAAACCUGCUCCAGAGCACUCAGACUGGGGUGAAGGUUCAACAGGACAACAACCCUAAGGACACAGCCAAGACAACGCAGGAUUGGCUUCGGGACAAGUCUCAAUGUCCAUGAGUGGCCCAGCCAGAGCACGGACUUGAACCCGAUCGAACAUCUCUGGAGAGACCUGAAAAUAGCUGUGCAGAGACGCUCCCCAUCCAACCUGACAGAGCCUGAGAGGAUCUGCAGAGAAGAAUGGGAGAACCUACCCAAGCACAGGUGUGCCAAGCCUGUAGCGUCAUACCCAAGAAGACUCAAGGCUAUAAUCGCUGCCAAAGGUGCUUCAACAAAGUACUGAGUAAAGGGUCUGACGUAAAUAUGAUAUUUCAGUUUAUUUUUUAUAAAUUAGCAACAUGUGCAAACAUUUCUAAAAGCCAGUUUUUGCUUCUUCAUUAUAGGGUAUUGUUUGUAGAUUGAUGAGGGGGGAAUAAACUAUUUAAUCAAUUUUAGAAUAAUGCUGUAACGUAACAAAAUAUGGAAAGAGUCAAGGGGUCUGAAUACUUUCCGAAUGCACUGUAAAUGUGCCUAUUUGGGGAUCUGAUAGUAUUUCUGAUUGGCUUAACGCACCACCACUAAUGACCUGUGGAGCUUCUCAAAGUAAUGUUUUCUUCACCUCAAACAGCAAGCAAACAGUCUGUUUUUACAUCCAUUGAGAAUUACAAAAGUUCCUUGACGUAUUUGAAAAAUCUUUCCAGCUCUCUCCCUUUCGAUAACCACUCAGCGUGAAAGGGAAAAAUAUAAUGCUUUGAUCCAGUGGAAACGUCAUAAAAUAGGCUUCUUAUCAGUGCUUGACUUGGACUGAAGUAGGUUCCGGUACUCAUUUUGGGUGCUGGUACUGUUUACAUUUACAUUUUAGUCAUUUAGCAGACGCUCUUAUCCAGAGCGACUUACAGUUAGUGAAUACAUAUUUUUUUAUACUGGCCCCCCGUGGGAAUUGAACCCACAACCCUGGCGUUGCAAACGCCAUGCUCUAUCAACUACAUCCCUGCCGGCCAUUCCCUCCCCUACCCUGGACGACGCUGGGCCAAUUGUGCGCCACCCAUGAGUCUCCCGGUCGCGGCCGGCUGCGACAGAGCCUAGAUUCGAACCAGGAUCUCUAGUGGCACAGUUAGCACUGUGAUGCAGUGCCUUAGACCACUGCGCCACUCAGGAGGACUAUAUUAUAUUUAGGUGCAGGAGCUCCAGAGUACUUUUUGAGCCAAUACUCUAUAAGAGGAACAGGAGCUCAAGCAGUAGAAAAUCUGGCCAGAUAAUUUCAUGUCAUUAGUCUCAAGUCAGUCGAGUCCCGAGUUUUGAGGUUUUGAAGUCUGAAGUUAUUUUAUGAUGAAUUUGUGACAAAGCUACUUGUGUAACUCGGUUGUGUAGUUCGCAGGAUGAAAAAUGCUUGUCUUACAAUAUGUUAAGGGUGAACAGUGCAUUGCUGUUUUUAUAAACAUUAGCUUUCAAAUGAUUUCCAAGACUUCGACACAAAAAAAUGGGGCGAACAAAGAUCUUCCUGAUUUGUUAAUACAGCUUUGCCACGCCUGCAUGUAGGCUAUAAGAUCGAGAUGAAGAAUCAGGAGGAGGAAUGUCUUGUAUCUGAUCUGGACUCUGGGACAGCGCUUUUCUUUUACAUAGAUAUGGAGCCACCAGGUAACACUGCAGUCCUGGGGCACAAUAUUACACAGCGUCAAGGUUCACUUCUCAGGAGCAACAGUGGCAAUUAGUCCGAAUUUAUCAGCUGCUGUUGAUAUUUCUUGAUUAUUUGACUAACAUGUUCAGCUAUAUUGAUGCAUCUAUUUGUUUUUAGUGGUUUGCAUGUUUUCUUUGGCAUCCUCCUACAUUAUUUUGUAUUGAGAUGUUACCAUUAGGCUAUGUGACGUAUUUCUACAUGGAUGUGCAUUGUCAUGAUUAGGCUGUUACAUUGAAAGCGCGGCAGAGCAGAUGAACUGCAGCAAAUCACUGCUAUUACACAGGAAUGGUUAUGGUGUACAGAGGUGUACUCCUUUCUGGAUUUAAUAUAUCUUUGCAUUUAUGUCUCAUUUUCUCGUUUUUUUUUAAAUUUAGUCUGUCAUCAUAAUAUUUUUAUAUUGUUUUGUUAAAACGUGGCCAAAUAACACAUUUCCACUAUUUCUCAUCUUUUUUUUUCUGGUCAUUAUGUGAAAAGGUGUAGCUACUUAACUGUUAAUGCAGUAGUUGGCACAAAUAAACUAAACAAUAGCCUACAUGUAGGUAUUUGUUUUGAGCCAUUGCACUGCUAUUGUCAUGACACAUGUUGCAAUUUUUUAUGAGGAAUAUAAGCCAGUUUCUGGUAGCUGAUGACUAUCCUCCUCACUCACCUAAUCAAGUCAAUUUACAUUUCACAAGUUCACAAGGUAAGUUAUGCACCGUGAGACUGCAAAUUGACAGCUUCAUUCUCCUUGCCACAGCUUUGCCCCCCAAACCACCAAAGCCCACUACCCCAGUUCCAAACAAUGGGUUCAACAACAACAUGGCCUUGCAAGACGGGGAGUGGUACUGGGGAGACAUCUCAAGGCAAGCCAUUAUGAUCUUAAUGAUAAUUUAAUUAAUGGUUUUAGUGUCUUGUGAUGAAAAUCUGUUGGUUUCCAGUUUGACAAUGAGUCCUAUUGGAUUUGUGAAGAAACUGUAGCAUAACCCUACGUUUUCUUGUAGGGAGGAGGUGAAUGAGAAGCUGAGAGACACAGCCGAUGGUACGUUUCUGGUCCGAGAUGCAUCCACCAAAAUGCACGGAGACUACACUCUGACUCUGAGGUACGUUGUGAAUCGCAUGGCUGCUAAAUGAAUAUUGAACUCUUAAUAUCCUGCUAUGUCUAAUGCAGGGUUUCCGUUAGCCGGUAAUAGCCGGCUUUUGGCCGAUUUUUUUAAAGAAAAUAAUUGAAAGGCCGAUUUAAAUAAAAUUGCCGCCAUCCAAUUGUCCCAUUGCAAAAUAAUGCUUUUUAGCCUAUUCAUUGAUGGAAAUACAUUUGACCGGUCAGGUUAGUUUGCAUAAUUUAGUGGAAUUAAAUUGGCAGCAUAUACAGAUACAGAGUUUGAGCAGAAAAUGUGUCUGCACGAGAGCUGCUGCUACAGCUCAAACACCUUGUACCUUCCUGCUGGAGUGAAACGUGAUUUUUAUAAGCCCAGUCAAUGCACAUCCAUUUUAAAUGCAGUCGCAUGUUAAAAAUAGUUUUGAUGGCCACGAUUAAAAAUAGCUAUUUUUAUUUCUCAGCUGGACAUUGAAGCGCGCUUCCCAUUUGCCAUUCAAGUGCACAGGCAAGGGUAUGCAGGCUUCAGCGUGUCACACCACUUUGCAAUGAGCUGGAGGCAUUUUAAAAACAUUAACUUAAUUGUUUGAAACCUGAUUGUUUAUACUUCAUAUUAUGAGGCAUGUCUUCCCUUGCUUCGAAGUAGCGUAGCCAAAAUCCCACCAUAGAAACGUGGAGGCAAUUAUUUUAUAAAGACUUCCAAAUGCCAUUGAAACCAGUAGCCUAUUUCUCUCAUGUUCAAAUGGUUCAAAUGGUAAACAUUAUUUAAUUGUCCGUUAGCCAAAGGCACAAUCCUAGUCAUAUUAGAAGCCUAGUUGUUGCGUCAUUAGAUCUUCCCUCUUUCUAAAUUUCGAAUGGAUAUUUUAAUCUCUGCCGCUCUUAUGUGCGGUGUGCUUUUGACAACGGUGUUUUCCCGCUAAUUGCAUUAUGGAACAAGCAUUCGUGAGCUUAUAAUGUGAAGAAAUAAUAGCAUCAGCUUGAUUUUUGCUUUUUAACGUUUUUUUUAUGUAGCUAAACUGGUUGUAUUCAUUUGGGAUCCCACAACUCUCUGAGUCUGUUUGGAAUAGGCUAAUUCUUUCUCACACAGAACUGCAAACGGACCAAUAGAAUAGGUAAACUUUUCUACUAUGGGGAAUAGUAAAUUGACAUACACUAGUGGUUUUGCUGUUUAUAACUCGUCUUGUUGUAAAUGUGGACAGUUAUUCUAACUUAAGAAGGACAUUGCAUCCUCGAGUUGUAUGUUUUGUUAAAAUGAAUGGCCAUAAUCUAAAUGUGAUUUCUGUCAUUCUGAGCACAGUUGGUGGAUACCCUAAUCAGGUUACGUACCCAAUGCAUAUGGGUCCGGUAUAUUUCUCAAAUGUCUGGUAAAUUAAAAUACUGCCGGUCAAAUGUCCGGCGCCACAUUUUCCUAACGGAAACCCUUGCCUAAAGACACAAAAGGCCAUUUUCAUUCAAAGUUCCCUUUUUGAUCUCACUCAUAGGAAAGGAGGAAAUAACAAACUGAUCAAAAUAUUCCAUCGGGAUGGGAAAUACGGCUUCUCAGACCCACUGACGUUCAACUCGGUGGUUGAGCUCAUCAAUCACUACAGACAUGAGUCCUUAGCCCAAUACAACCCAAAGCUGGACGUGAGACUGCUGUACCCAGUGUCAAGGCUCCAGCAGGUAAGGGUGCCGCCACAAUUCAAACACAAAUGGAAGCUACACAUAUUCAAAGCUAAGAGAUCCCUUCGUCAGAUUAUUCUAUGAGCACAGUCAGUGCUUCAUUUUGAUAUCAGUUUUCCACAAAGUUGGCAUUUGAGUGUCGCAGAGAACUUUUCCGCUUGGUUGAUUUGCCAGAUGACCGAGUGAGAUUUGUUCCUCUAACUGCUUUGUUGUCUCCUGCAGGACCAGGUUGUUAAAGAGGACAACAUUGAAGCUGUCGGUAAAAGGCUGCAGGAGUACCACCUGCAGUUCCAGGAGAAGAACCGAGAGUACGAUCGUCUGUACGAGGAGUAUACAAGAACAUCACAGGUGAAUUGCUAGACGUUUGUCAUUGAAUUGUGAUUGAAUAAUUUCUGAUCGUAUUGUAUCUAACCUCUGGUUCUUUUGUUUUCUUCAGGAAAUUCAAAUGAAGAGAACGGCCAUUGAGGCAUUCAAUGAAACCAUUAAGAUCUUUGAGGAGCAGUGCCAGACCCAAGAGCGCUAUAGCAAGGAGUACAUUGAAAAGUUCAGGAGAGAGGGCAACGAUAAAGAAAUCCAGAGGUAAUAAUGGAAAUUAUAAAUCUUAUGUUUCUUUUCAACCAAAGAUGUAGCUAACAAUAAUCACAGUUCAGUGCUAUGAUUUAGUGGUUAAUAUCUGUGAACUAAAUAAUAAAAAAGUAUGUUGUCAGCGAUACUCCAAUUAGGGGUCGUGUUAUAAUGGUAAUAGUAUAGUAGAAGUUUGUCUACCCACAGAAUCACUGGGGUUUUGUUGAUGCCACAACUACUCAGAUUGCCUCACUGUUGGAGAAGCCAAAUGUACCAUUCUUAUAGAAGUACAACAGCUCUCUCAUAUAUUGACAGUAGAUUAUAUAUUUUUGACAAGAAUUGUGUUCCUCCUAGAAUCAUGGGAAACUACGACAAACUGAAAUCGAGAAUAAGUGAGAUUGUGGACAGCAAACGGCACCUGGAGGACGACCUGAAAAAGCAAGCAGCGGAUUACAGGGAGACCGAUAAAAAGAUGAACAGCAUCAAACCUGACCUGAUUCAGCUCCGCAAGACCAGAGACCAAUACCUAAUGUAAGUAUAGCCCUAGUCUCCUCUCUCUGCAGUCUCUAAUCAAAUAUAUUGUCUAUUAUGUCCCAUUACUAAAUGAUUGAAUUUAAACCCUUCUAUUUUUUUCAUGGUAGGUGGCUUACACAAAAGGGAGUGAGGCAGAAGAAGCUGAAUGAAUGGCUGGGUAUCAAGAAUGAAAACCCAGAGGAGUAAGUAUCCAUUUCCCACGCUUUUACUGUGGAUUGUUUUUUUUAAAGAUCCACUUCAAAGUUUUGACUCCUUUUGCAUGUUUCUUUUUAAAGGAGUAAUUCAAACAGAAGUUAGUGUUGUAUAAAACUCGUGAUUAUUGUAUUGCAGUGAGUACUCAAUGGUUGAAGACGAUGAGGACCUCCCACAUCAUGAUGAACGUUCAUGGAGGCUAGGCAACAUCAACCGGCUGCAGGCAGAAGCUCUGCUCCGGGGGAAGAGGGACGGAACAUUCCUUGUCCGGGACAGUAGCAAAGCUGGCUGCUACGCCUGCAGUGUUGUGUAUGUAUCUAAUAAUACAAGUUUGGGGAGUGUUUAGAUGUGUCCUGUUACACACAAGUGUGUAAUGGAUAUUUUUUUUGCAUAUCCCAACUCCCCCCUGAGACACCCGAAGGGAGUGGGGCCACGGCCAGAGUCGCUAUUGUAUAGUGCCGCUGUUGCAAUUAGGGUUAAGUGCCUUGCUCAAGGGCACAGCGACAGAUUUUUAGGCUACCAAAUCAACCUGAAAUAAUUGCCACAUGAAGACACAUGAUUUGAGUUUAGUGUCAUUAUAAUUUAAGACCUAAACACUCAUUUUUCAUAGCGUUAAUCAAUCUUAUUUCAUGAGUUCCGAUAAUUCAGUCUUAACGUGUUGACAGAUUUUGUGAUAUUGUGCAUAUGCAGCAUUUGGAUUGAGUGUAUUUUGGCAACUUGAUUAGCAUAUUGAUUAGAAUUGUCACACUAGAUCAUAUUCAUAAUAAACUAAUCUCCUCGUGCUACAUAUUGAGAGAGACUGAAGGAAGAAGGAAAAUGUGACCUUGGUGUGUUUCUAAAUGAUCAAGUUGACAUCAUGUAACAAAACCAGGCCAUUCUUUAUUUUUGGGAACCAUGUAAACAAGUCCAUACAUGGAAUUUGGAUGUAUUCUGAACUUGACGUAUUUCUAAUUUAGAAUGUUUUUUUCUUUGCAGUGUGGAGGGUGAGGUGAAGCAUUGUGUUAUCAACAAGAGUCACACGGGCUAUGGAUUCGCAGAACCAUACAACCUUUAUGGCUCCCUAAAAGAACUCGUCCUGCACUACCACCACACGUCACUCGUACAGCACAAUGAUUCUUUAAAUGUCACGCUCGCCUACCCAGUUUACACACAGCAGAGG